AAAGAGAAAAAUAUCUCAACAAGUUCUACUAGUUCCUCUUACUCUGCAAGAUCAGUUUCUUCAGAAAAGAGAAAACUGAAAUCAAAUCAUACAGAUAUUUUGUACUGUAAUACAAAAAGAAGACAAGAACUCAAAAGAUUAAGUGUAGCAACCGAUGAUACUUCAAGAAAGAUGCCAAAUACCAGUUCUUCAUCUCAAGAACCCGUUAAACUCCCUGAAGCAUCAUUUUCAACAAAUAAUCAAAUUAUUUCACAGAAUCUUUCUUUAAGUGGAACUAAAACAAAUAUAAAUAAAUAUUCAGAUUUUAAACUGAAAGAUAUCAAACUGACAAAUGUUCAGAGUAAGCUCAAACAUGAACUUAAAAACCUCAGCAGUCCUAAGAUUGUCAAAGAUGUAAAGCCUAAAACUGAAGGUCGGGCAAAUGAAAAAAAAUGGCAUCAUUUACUUUCUCAGAGCCAGAAGAUGAAAGAACUCAGGAAAGAAAGGUACAAUAAAUUUAGAGACAGUUCAGAAAGAUGCAUCUUGGAGAAAUGCAAGAUAAAUGAAUUUUCUCAGGAUAAUACUUCCUACAAAAUAAUUAAGGAAGCACUAAAACCUGGAAGAAGGAAGAUCAGUUUCAAAAUCCCUGUAAAAUCCCGUGAUACCCUCCAGAAGCUUGUAAAAGAAGAUGUCUUCAGUUUAGAUGCUAACAAGUCAGAGACUAAGCAGAAGGAAGAAGAAUGCCUGGAAAGCUCCCAGGUUUCAUUAAAUUUGACUAGGCACAAAAUUGAACCUUUAUUUUCAGAUUCUACAUGUAAGACUGUUCGUAAAUGGAAAGGAAAGUAUCAUGAGCAUCAAGAAAGUAAUGAGUCAAGUUCUAGUAAAAAUCUAACCCAGGGUUUUGAAGCACCAUGUUCUUCUGUCUCACCUGAAAGUAUUCAAGAUACAGACCAAGAGAUGCAGAUCAUAGAAGAGCUUCAUGCUGCACGUGUGGGAAAAAGUGUGGAUUUACCUGUGGUUCCACCUUCUGGAGAGUUAAUGAGUAUGGAAAUUGACUUGGUAGAAGAUAACAUACAUUCCUCUGCUGUGAAUACUGCUUCAGACAAAAUGCUUCUAACUGUUAUUGACACAAAUAUUCUAAUGAAUCAUCUCAAGUUUGUUAGAAUUUUAAAGACAACAGAAAUACCAGGCUUUGACAGAUUUGUUUUGAUAAUUCCCUGGAUUGUUAUACAAGAACUAGAUCGUAUGAAGGCAGGAAAACUACUAAAACAUGCCCAGCAUAAAGCUAUACCUGCAGUUCAUUUCAUCAAUGACAGUCUCAAAAAUCAAGAUAAAAAGCUAUGGGGUCAAUCAAUACAACUUGCAUCUCAAAAAUUUUAUGGAUUAAGUGAUGAGAACAAUGAUGAUCGAGUAUUAAAAUGCUGCCUUCAAUACCAGGAAUUAUUCCCUUGUUCUCUUGUUAUUCUGUGCACGGAUGAUAGAAAUUUAAGAAACAAAAGCCUAAUAAGUGGUGUGAAGUCACUCAGUAAAGAAGAAUUGAGUGCAGAGUUAUUAAACUUAUCUCUGAACACAGAUGUGUGUCAUCAGCCUUGUAUUUCUAAGCAGCAAUUGAAAGCAGAAGCAACAUCCUUGAAAGAGAGCUAUGAUGAAGAAUCUACAAAUUCUGGGCUAUCCAUUCUACUUGAAAGCAUUAUAUCUGAGCUUGAAAAAUCUCUUGGAACAGCUUUAUCUACAAUAUUAGAAACUGAAAUGAAAAUUGCAUUUGGAAACUUAUGGUUGGAGAUACUAUACUUGAAACCACCAUGGACUUUAAUACAUUUAUUACAGUGUUUUAAAAAACAUUGGUUGGCUGUAUUUGGAUUAGUUAUGGAAAAGAACUUGCUUGUAACCAUUGAGAGCCUAUACGAAAAUCUUUGUAAAGCUAAUAAUGCAGUGGAUUUUACAACAGCAAAAUUCCUGCUUCAGGAUUCUAAAAGUUUGUUACAUGCUUUCAGUACAAGGUCAAAUUAUGAUGGUGUUCUUCCACAAGCCUUUGCUCAAGUAAACAAACUGAUCCAAACAUUCACAGAGGUCAAGGAAAAACUUAAACCAAAUCCUUCAGAAAACACAGUGGGUAAAAAGAAGGAAAAUACUUCUUCGAUGAAGUCUAAUAAUCAAGAAAUCACCCUUUUCUCGGGUUCUCAGCUUCCCCAACCCAACAGGCAUCAAGAAAUCUGGUCUAUCCUAGAAAAUGUUUGGAUUACAAUAUAUCAGAACAGCACAGAUGUAUUUCAAAGAUUGGGCGCUAAUUCAGCUCUGGCUACUUCAAAAAUAUCAUCAUUUGAAGAAGCAUUUAUAUAUCUUCAAAAAUUAAUGGCAGCUGUCAAGGAUAUUCUUGAAGGAAUUCAGAAGAUUUUGGCCCCCAACAGUAAUUAUCAAGAUGUUGAGACCCUCUACAGCUUUCUAACCAAGUAUGAGGUAAAUAAAAGUGUGCAAUUUACUGCUCAAGAACUUUAUGAUUGUGUUUCACAGACUGAGUAUCGGGAAAAGUUAACCAUUGGAUGCCGCCAACUGAUUGAGAUGGAAUAUACCAUGCAACAGUGCAAUGCAUCUGUCUACAUGGAGGCCAAAAACAGGGGAUGGUGUGAUGAUAUGCUCAACUAUAGGACCUAAGUGCUAAUCGUAAUUUAAAGAAAUUUGUUUUCAUGUAUAGCAGAGUAAUAGUAAA